GGGUGGGAACUCGGCCGCCCAGGUUGAGCGGAACACACCGAUGUUCCUAUUGUCUGUCGGAUGUCACCGAGUCUGCCGCGCCCUUCGUUCCUACCCCCACCCUCCCCGGUUAGAGAGCUCGUUACGGACAGGUAAACUCUCCGACGACCAACGUCACUCGAAACUGGAGAAAGGAACGUGAUUUUCGGCCAACUUUGUAUUUGAGAGAAAAGACUAGUUUUCAACCUGGAGGUUUUACAUGGUGGAGUGACUGGAACGGGAACACGCAUCUGCCUGUGGUCGCCUUACUGGUCCAUCACAAGUGAACGUGCGUUAUCUAUAUUGAUCUGCACCAUUGGAGGAGAGACAUGUCAAUCAAACAUCUGUUGGCAUGUCCAUACACAACCCACCAAUAGGGAAAGUCUGCAUGUAGCUCUAACCCCGCCCCUUUCAUACGCCCCUUCCCUCUCAAGCAUUCAGCCAACCCCAUUGGCCCAUUCCUCUGAAGUCCCGCCCACUCCCCCAGCUCCAAUCUCAUUGGCCAGAUGGCCGCCACCAUUCCGCCCACCCAGGCGAUGGCCGACGCCCACAGGUGCUACGACAACGAAACUGUGAAGUUUUUCUACAACGAGAGCGGGAAGAUCAUCAGCGACCACUGGCGUCGCCGUGACUACAUGGUGGUGGGCCUCGGCCUGACGGUGUGUGUCAUCGUCAUCCUCUCCAACAUCCUCGUCAUGACGGCCAUCUUCAUCAACCGCCGCUUUCACUACCCCAUCUACUACCUGCUGGGAAACCUGGCCGCUGCUGACCUGUUCUCUGGCAUCUCCUACCUCCACCUCAUGUUCCACACCGGCCCCUGGACCAUUAAGCUGUCGCCCACCCAGUGGUUCAUCCGGCAGGGCCUGAUCGACACCAGCCUGACCGCCUCCGUGGUCAACCUUCUGGCCAUUGCCGUGGAGCGUCACCAGACCAUCUUCACCAUGCAGCUGCACAGCAAGAUGACCAACCGGCGGGUGGGCCUCCUGAUCGCAGGGAUCUGGGCCCUGGCCAUCGUCAUGGGCCUGGUUCCUACCAUGGGCUGGCACUGCAUGUGCGACCUGCCCAACUGCUCCACCAUGGCUCCGCUCUACAGCCGCAGCUACCUGGUGUUCUGGGCGUUGCUCAACCUGCUCACCUUCUCCAUCAUGCUGGCCGUUUACACGAGGAUCUUCGUGUACGUGCGGAGGAAGAGCCAGAGGAUGAGUCAGCACACCACGCAGGCCCGGCACAAGGAGACGGUGGUGAACCUGAUGAAGACCGUGUCCAUGAUCCUGGGCUGCUUCGUGGUGUGCUGGACCCCAGGGCUGGUGGUCCUCCUGCUGGACGGGCUGGGCUGUGACUCCUGCCAGGUGCUGCGUUAUGAGAAGUAUAGCCUGGUCCUGGCUGAGUGUAACUCACUGGUGAACCCCAUCAUCUACUCCUUCAGGGACAAAGACAUGCUCCGCACCUUCCGCAAGAUCCUGUGCUGCCUGUGCCGUCGCCCCGGCGACAAGCUGGAGUCCGCCGUCCGCUUCGACACCCUGGAGCACGAGGUACUGUCGGACGCUUCCCACGGCAACCAUCGCCACGACAACGGCGACGGGGGCGAUGGUGGCCACAAAGGCGUCAACGGCAGCGAGCUUGGCCGGUCGGGCGGGGGAGAGUAGGGGUUAUUGGAGGGAGGGGGGCGUGGUGGUCACCACAGCAACUUGUGGAAGCUAAACGGAUAGACGACAUGGGGUGGGGUGGGGGGGGGGGGCAACAUCCAGUACCAUCACCAUGGCAACCAACCACUGACCCAACCUGACACUUGAUGCUAUAGCUGUCUCCGCGACAACAGGCUGUGACGGGUUAGAGACUUUAGCUGCGCUAACACUUGGGGUGCACUUGAUUUGCCUCUCGCAGCGAUCUUAAACCAAAGUAACAAGCCUCAGUGUGGAUUAGAAGUAAAUCGAACUCACCUCCGGUGUGUCUGGUCUGAACAUGGAGCCAUUUGUGUUUCUUACUGCUCCUCUCUGUGGUGCCUGAGAUUAGAGAGAGAGAAAGAGUGUGUGUGUGUGUGUGUGUGUGUGUGUGUGUGUGUAGUUGGAACACGUUGUGCUUAUGCCUUGUUUCCUUUUUACACUGUACCCACACACACAUCAUUUAUAUGUCCUGUCACGGACGGUGCACCCCCACAGCAACACUGAUAGAGAGAUGUGUAUGUGUGCAGUGUUUAAGGUGUAUGUGUGCAUAUUUUUGCAAAGAAAAUUGUAUAUUUGCCAAAUAUGCCUGAACACAUACCUACACACACACACAAACUUUGGUUGCUAAUUCUGCCAGUAGUGGCUAAAUCUACAGGAUUCUAAAAGUGAAUAGUGAUAUUCAGCGACUUAAGGGGUAUUGUAAUUUACAUUUACAUUUAGUCAUUUAGCAGACGCUCUUAUCCAGAGCGACUUACACGAGUACAGGGACAUUCCCC